CAUCAAUACAGCAUACGAACAAACACAUGGUCGAGCGCUGCUGUCUGUUGCCUUCUUGAACGCUGUCUCUUCAUUGGUAGUCGUCGUUGCCGCAUUGCCGAUUGGAUCAGCAAGCACUUGCUGUCGCCAUGAGCGAGUCGUUGAGCAUCACGUUUACGCCCAUGCGGAGGCCACCGAAUGAGUUAACAAGCGUGCAAGUGGCCAUUGUGCCUGCUGGAGGCCUUCACACGAACGUUGACAGCAUCAAGCGUGCAAGGAGGCACGUCUUGAAGAAAGACACAGACAACCAGUUCUCCACGACCCUCAAACUCAAAUACGGCGUGUAUCACCUGCUCUUCCUCGUCAACAACCAACACUGGAGCUGUUCCGGAUCCCACUCUUGCACAAGACUUGCAGACAACCACUCCAUCAACUUCAUCGAAGUACCAACACACAAGCCCGUCACAUUCUCUGCGUCUGACUUUGAGGAUAUGCCGCUGCUCGGAGAAUCGGGACAAGGCUCGCAAUCAAGCAGCUGCUGCAGCUGCUGUUGCAUAUCCUAGUGUGUGCCAUUGUGAUUUUGUAUGCGGUGUGUGUAUGCAGCGUGUAUGCGAUGUGUGUGAGUGUGUACUGUGUGUGCGCAUGAUUGAUUGUGUCUGUGUGAGCGCAUUUGCGACUGUGUGUACAUGUGUGUACAUGUGUGUGUGAUUAUGCGUGUGUGCUGCUGUGUCUCUUCACCCACCUGUCUCUCCACGAGUGUGUGUGUGUGUUUCUGCUUGCCAUCAUUCUUUGUCUACCUGGAGUGUGCAUGAUGUCUUGUCUCUCGUCGUGCUCUUGUCAUGCCACGUUACUGUAUCGACAACCUCCCCGCCACCUGUCGCUUUGCUACUCUUGUGUUACAAUCCUCAACCACGUGUUGAGCCAGCAGCGGUAAAGCCCAAUUCAUAGUGC